AUGCGGUUUCUUCGGAUUCUGAUCUUCUUUCUUUUAAUAUUGGGCUGUUCGUCUUUCCCCUGCCGAAAUUACAAUUGUUUGGACACUCAAAUUAGGCCCUGUUCUGAUGGAAGCAACUUUACGAACGAGUGGUUCAGUCAGCGGUUGGAUCACUUUGAUCCGGACAAUAAUGUUGUGUGGGGACAGGUAAGAAGUUUUAGGCCUACAUUACCGUAUUUUAUCGACAUUAACACAAAUUUUAUAUGUUUGCAUAACAAUUGAAUUGUAUAAUUUCUUUCUUUUUUUGGCAAUUUUUAUCAUACUUCAAUAAAUUUUUAGCACUAUCAAACCAACCGAAAGUUUUUCAAAGAUACCGGUGAACAGCGAAUCUUCUUGACGUUGGGUGGCGAACAAGAUACCUCCGAUUGGCGGAUGUGCCAUGACAAUUACACUCACAUGAUCAUUGCGCAAGAAAACAACGCUAUGGUUGUGCAAUUGCAGCAUCGAUUUUUUGGAAGAAACAAGGGAUUGCGGUAAGCGCUAUAACUUUACACGAUGACAAUCUUUUUGAAUCAAAAUUCCAAAAUAUUUUUUUAUGAUUAUAUGUAUUUACAUAAUCGACAAUUGACAAUUUUCAGCGACACCUCAGUGAGCAUGCUCCAAUUCUUGACUGUGGAACAGGCCAUCGAGGAUACGGUAGCUUUUAUUCAAGGGUUCAACGAACUUGAAGGAUUUACCAACCCGAAAUGGGUUCUGCUGGGAAUGUCGUAUUCAGGUAAAACCAUUUUUGAGGUGUUAGUUAUAAGCCGUAUUUUAAAAACAAGCUGUACAUUUUUAUUUAAUAUUCAUGUUUCUAGGAACCCUUGCCGCAUACCUUCGAAUGACUCAUCCAGAAUUUAGUCAAGGCGCUAUCGCUAGCUCAGCGCCAAUGCUGCCGAAAGUCGACUUUUGGGGUAAGUUGGCACUCAAGAUCUUUUCAAUCUGCAGGAAAUCUCCUCAUAACAAACAAAAUUCAAAGGUCGCAAAGGCCAAUUUUAGGCCAAAAAAACUUCUGCACGGCAGAGUACUCCUAACAAGGGAAUGGUCCCAACGAUCCGUGGGAUCCACAAAUGAAACCUAGAUAUUCUGAAAGAGCAGGUAAAAUUUAGUAGGAAUCCGUUUUUUCUACUUGCCGAAUAAGUCUGUGCGACGAGAAAUAUCGACGAAAAGAUCCGACCAAAAAAUCGAAAGAGAGAAAAGACGAACCGAAAGGCCUUGGAAGGCGUCACCAAAUAGUCUAGUGGAAAAAGUUCCACGCACAAAUCUUUUGGGGGAGGGAGGCUUUGGAGGUUCGAGUCCACCCGGAGCGGAUAUCUCCGGCUUGAACCUACGUGUUCAUUACUGUAUUCUACAGUUACAUAAAAACAUUUUUUUGUUUAUUGACCUGUUUUGCAAGGUUUGUUGCAAAAUUUUAAGAAAAGUUGACACUUCGGCAUUAUUUUUGACAAGCAUGAUGUCGACAUAGUGGUAUUUUCAAGACACUUCUACUCGAUUCUGGAAGUUUGUAUAGGAUCUUGCAGAUCUUUUUCGGUUUCCCAAAAAGGAUGUUGCCAAAAUCUCACCUUUUCAUAAAAUUUUGCAAGAAAAGUUGAAAAGAGAACUUUUGGGUUCUUGCGUCAGCGUGUAGUAGACCGCGUGAAUAUUUACGAAAAAAUCGAUUUUAAGUUUUUUGGUUUAAAAUGGCGGUGGACAUGUGUUUAACAAAUGCCCAAAUUAUUUUUGUCAAAUUCUGCCCGGAAGGUAUAAAAUUUGCAUAAAUUUGUCUUCUUUGGACCUGGCGGCAUCAUAAAAAGAGGUAAUGACCAGUGAUUGCCACGGCUUCGGAUGCAAAAAACCUUGUAAAACAGGUCAAGAAACAAAAAAAAUUUUUUUUUAUAACUGUAGAAAACAGUAAUGAACAAACACGUAGGUUCAAAUCCGGAGAUGUCCGGCUCCGGGUGGACUCGAACCUCCAAGGCCUCCCUCCCCCAAAAGAUUUGUGCGUGGAACUUUUUCCACUAGACUAUUUGGUGACGCCUUCCAAGGCCUUUCGGUUCGUCUUUUCUCUCUUUCGAUUUUUUGGUCGGAUCUUUUCGUCGAUAUUUCUCGUCGCACAGACUUAUUCGGCAAGUAGAAAAAACGGAUUCCUACUAAAUUUUACCUGCUCUUUCAGAAUAUCUAGGUUUCAUUUGUGGAUCCCACGGAUCGUUGGGACCAUUCCCUUGUAAGUACCUGUAGCGAAAGAUUUUGGAGCCUUGAGCUACGUUGUGCAGAGACUUAAUCCAUUAUUUUAUUUUUGUUUUUCUUCUUGCAUCACAUUUUCUGACUGGACAUUUUCAGAAUAUGACGUUGCGAUGACUGGAGUAUUCAAUGAACACGAUCCUCGUUGUGUUCAAGAAAUCAAACGGGGCUUUUGGGAUUUGGAACAAAAACUUCAUACGCCGGAGGGCCGAGCUGAAGUCAACAAGAAAUUCAGGUAAAAUGGAUCAAUAAUUUUGCCUCUGGAAAUAAAAUCCGAUGUUGAAAUGUUCCAUAACAGCUCUUAUUUCAGAUUAAGUCCAAAACUAGACAUUGAAAACCCAACCGAAGAAGAUCUUGUUGUCGUCAGCACAACCUUCUUCUACGCCUUUGAACAAGUAGUUCAACGGACUUAUAUCUCCUCUGUAAGUUAUGUCAUCAUCUUCAAGAUAUCAUAAUUUUUUCAGCACGCCGACACUCGUCGAGGGGGUUACUUGACCAUCGAAAACAUCUGUAACAUCAUGAUGAAUACCUCUAGAACUUACCCGGACCGUAUGUAUCAUGUCAGAUGGUUGGCACAACACCGAAGAUAUCCAGUGUUGGCUAGCUACCCACGACAUGUUGAGUAUAUGUCCAAAACCGAUAUUAAUGGGUGUAAGUUUCACUUUUGCAUGUGUUUCCGAUACCAUGUACUUGAACUUAACUAAGGUUGAUUUUUUCAGCUCCAACCAGAGGUUGGACUUGGAUGACAUGCAAUCAAUUUGGCUGGUUCCAACACUCCUCGCCAAGAGGACCUUUCCUCAAUAGCGCUCCUUUUGGGUAAGUAGAAUGAGAAAAAUUGCUGCCUCGUGUUUUAAAUUCUGCUUUCUUUUGCAAAAAAAGUUCAGAGACAAGUUUGAUUUUUUGGAGAUUUUGGCAUUACGCUUUGAGCCUAUUUUUCUUCAAGUUUUGCUCACGGAUCUCUUCAAUUUCAAUAAGAGCAAACCUUUUCGCCUAGAUUAAUCUCAUGUACUCUUUUGGUACAUGAUUAGGUGUUUGAAUCACCGUAUUUUUCACAGCCAACACAUAAACCCCCAAUUUAAACCGAUAUUUUUCAGCCACUCCAAACGAAUUUGUCGCGAGACUUUCGGUCCUGAAUUUACCGAAGAAAGGAUCCAGCAGAAUGUCGAUCGAACUCUCCAUGUCUACGGGUUGCCCUGGAACUUCAACGGGACCAAUACAGUGAUGACCCAUGGAAGUUAUGACCCUUGGGCCACACUGGGAAGCUUUGUUAACAGCACUGAGAGACGAAUCGUCUCUGUGAUGACUAAAGGUGAUUUUUUGAGAUUUUUUUUGACCAUAGAACGUGAAGAAUAGGCUUUUUUACAACGAUAGUAGUUAUUGCUGUAUUUUUACAACAAUAAAUAUGAUUUCGAAGAAUUUAAAAUCCAAAAUCUCAACAAUUUUUUCAGGCUCCUCGCACUGUGCGGACACUUUUCCCUACUAUUCCGGCGAGCCGGCUGGAUUGGAACAUGCCAGACAAGUGAUGCGUCGUGAAGUCGCGUAUUACUACUCACUGCCCUCCACUUUCAAAAAAAAGCAAGAAAAGGUCCCGCUCAGCUCGAAACGCGCCAUCUGGAGACUAGGAUAA